AGCCUGCUUCUCUCUUCGAUCCACUCGAGCCUAACUCCAAUUCCUCUCACACUUCUCUCUACCAAACCAAACCAAACCCUAGACACAGAGAGAAUAGCCAUGGCGAUCCGGCACCUCCUAGCCCUUGCUCGCCGCUCCCACAGCCGCCCCCAAUCCUCCCUCCUCCGAUCCUUCUCCUCCCCUGCCGUCGCCACCACCACCUCUCCUCCUCCGCCCUCUCCUCCUCCCCCCACCGCCAUGAUCUACGACCGCCUCGCCGAGUCCGUCAAGCACAAGCUCAAGCAGCUUGAAAACCCCGACCCUCGCUUCCUCCAACACAACUCUCCUCACCCAACCCUAACCGACCACACCUCAAUCCUCGCAUCCCCUCUCACCCGAGUCACCACUCUCCCCAACGGCCUCCGAGUUGCCACCGAGUCCAACUUCUCCGCCAAGACCGCCACCGUUGGAGUCUGGAUCGACGCCGGAAGCAGGUUCGAGACUGAUCAGACCAACGGCACUGCUCAUUUUCUGGAGCAUAUGAUAUUCAAGGGCACUGAGAAGAGGACUGCCAGGGAAUUGGAGGAGGAGAUUGAGAAUAUGGGGGGACAUCUUAAUGCCUAUACUUCCAGGGAACAGACUACUUAUUAUGCUAAGGUUAUGGAUAAUGAUGUGCCUAAAGCGUUGGACAUAUUGGCCGAUAUUCUGCAGAAUUCUAAGUUUGAUGAGAAUCGCAUUAAUCGUGAGCGUGAUGUCAUUUUGAGGGAGAUGGAGGAGGUCGAAGGGCAAACUGAGGAAGUAAUUUUCGACCAUCUGCAUGCAACAGCUUUCCAGUACACUCCUUUGGGCAGAACCAUUCUUGGACCUGCUCAAAAUAUCAAGACGAUCACCAAAUAUAAUCUUCAAAAGUAUAUAUCAACACACUACACUGCGCCUAGAAUGGUAAUUGCUGCUUCUGGAGCCGUGAAACAUGAGGACAUUGUUGAGCAAGUAAAGAAAUUGUUUACCAAGUUGUCAACAGAUCCAACUACAGCUUCUGAAUUAGUUUCUAAAGAACCAGCAAUUUUUACAGGUUCCGAGGUUAGGAUAAUUGAUGAUGACAUUCCUUUGGCACAAUUUGCUGUUGCUUUCAAUGGGGCUUCUUGGACGGAUCCAGAUUCCAUUGCUUUGAUGGUCAUGCAGUCUAUGUUGGGAUCUUGGAAUAAGAAUGCAGGUGGUGGGAAGCACAUGGGUUCUGAGCUUGCACAGAGGGUUGGCAUUAAUGAGAUUGCUGAAAACAUGAUGGCCUUUAACACCAACUAUAAGGACACUGGUCUAUUUGGUGUUUAUGCCAUCGCCAAGCCGGAUUGCUUGGAUGAUCUAGCUUAUGCAAUUAUGUACGAGAUGAGCAAGUUAUGUUAUCGAGUUUCUGAAGCUGAUGUUACCCGUGCUUGUAACCAGUUGAAAUCUUCUUUGCUGCUUCACAUAGAUGGAACCAGUCCUGUUGCUGAAGAUAUUGGGCGCCAGCUACUUACGUAUGGGAGAAGAAUCCCAUUCGCUGAAUUGUUUGCCAGAAUUGAUGCUGUAGAUGCUAGCACUGUCAAACGUGUUGCAAACCGUUUUAUAUUUGAUCAGGAUGUUGCCAUUGCUGCCAUGGGACCCAUCCAGGGUUUACCUGACUACAACUGGUUCAGGCGUAGGACCUACUGGCUCCGUUACUAGGUUCUUUCGUGUUUAGUUUUCUUCAUUAUUACUCCUCACCUCAUUACCUGUUUCAUGUGGUCUCCAAAACAUUUUGCUGUUUCAUAAUGCAAACCAAAUUCCUUGGUGAGUCCCUUGGAGGGUGGCCUCUUUAUUUAUUUUUUGUUCCCAGAUUUUUUCUCUGUAACAUUGCUCCAUUAGUAAAAAAUAAUUAAGCUGUUUUCAGUGAUGUAUGAGAAAGAUCAGUGUAGCCCGUCAGGCUUUUGAACAAUUUUUUUUCAUGGCAUUAAAGCUUUUGGUUGUAUUAUUACGUACAAUUGUCAUAUGGGUGAGUGAUAGGUCAUGAUACAGCCUAUUCAACUGUUUGUGUGCUCAUGUCCCUAUUAGUAACUCUGGGUGCCAUGAAAUUGAGUUUUGAGUUUUGUGUUGUAAA